ACCAAUCACCAUGUCUGCCCCACGCUACGCCUACAUCAUCUCCAAGUCAGUAGUGUCCCGCCCUGGCUGCACGAAGAACAUUGUCUUUGCCUUGUUCAUUGGAGGGUCUGCAGCAGUUGUUCGCAUCAACCGAGAUGAGAAAGAGAAGGGCAAGACAACACAAGACACGAUAGAGUCGCUCAAGAGAAGGAUUGGAAAAGCUACUGGUAUGAGUUCG